AUGCCGCUACAAAAAAAGAGAAGACAAAAUAUGGUCGUUAGUAAAAGAGUUGCUAAUAAAAAAAUUAUCAAACGACAUCGCAACUCAUAUUCUAUUGAGCAAAAGAGACAAGUUGUUGCUUAUGCUAAAGAAAAUGGAAUAAUUAAAGCAUUAAAGUCUUUUGAACUUGAUAAGAGUAUGGUUAGUCGCUGGGUUAAUUUAAAUGAAAAGUGGGUAAACGAAACAAACCAAAACAGCAAACGGGUAGGUUCCGGUCGAAAAAGCUUUUACCCAGAAGCUGAAAAGGAACUAUACGAUUGGAUUAUUGAGCAAAGAAAGCAGGGAUUAGAAAUUCGUGAGUUGCUUAUUUUCGGAGUUAAUUAUAAAAUGAUUGGUGAAGUAAUACUACCUCCUCCUCCUUAUAGUGAAAAGGAUAAUGAUGAUUUAAUUGCACUAAAAGAAUCGUUACCCUCUCCUUAUAACGAAUGUGAUAUAAAAGUAGAAGUUAUAGUAGACAUGGCAGCUAAAGCUCAUCAAGCUGCUGUUGAAAGAUUAGCAAAUCUAGUAGAUAUGGCUGAUAAAAAAAAAAUAUUUGAAGAGGAAGAAAUAAUUGGUAGAACUGGUGAAUUGCAGGAAGCAGCUGAAGAAAUAGUUGAUAAGAAGAGAUAA